UGCAAUUUGCCUCCCUAAUCUUCUCCACUCAAAAGGAGAUGGUAAUUAGAGGUUAGCAGGGUUUUGUGUAGCCUCUCAUGGUUGCAACUCAGCUGUGGUGGUUUCCAGCUUUUCCCCUUGCCCUUGCAAGGCUAAUAGCUCCAAGUUCGGACAGGGACAGUGUACCUUAUCUGACAGUCUCUCCACAUGCAGGAGGUUUUGUGUGCAGCAAUUAACCAUGGCUCGAUGUAGUUUUCAUGUAGGAUGUUGCUGUAUUGCUAGUCGGCCAAGGAUCUGAGCGUUGUUACUCUCAGGUUAAGCUCCAAUAUCCUUUCUUGCUUUCGAGUUUGGUGCGAUUAGGGUAUGUGUCGAGCAAUGGACACAGAUGCUCAGAUUCAUGAAGAAGAUUCAAGAGAGCAGCACCUCCGGAAGCAGCUUGCUGCUGCUGUGAGGAAGAUUGGGUGGAGUUAUGCAAUCUAUUGGUCCAUCUCCAGCCACCAACCAGGGGUUUUGGCAUGGACUGAUGGGUUCUAUAAUGGUGAAAUCAAGACAAGGAAGACUACACAACCCACAGAACUGAAUUCAGAUCAUAUUGGCCUCCAGAGGAGUGAAGAGUUGAGAGAAUUGUAUGAAUCACUUUCAGCAGGUGAUAGCAAUCUUCACAAUAGAAGGCCUUGUGCUUCAUUGUCGCCAGAGGAUCUCACCGAUACCGAGUGGUAUUACUUGGUUUGCAUGUCCUUCACCUUCACUAUAGGGCAAGGAUUGCCUGGUAAAGCGUUUGCGAACGAUCAGUAUGUGUGGUUGAACCAUGCUCAGUUUGCCGAUUGCAAGAUUUUUUCGCGCUCUCUACUUGCAAUGAGCGCAUCUAUACAGACUGUGUUGUGUAUCCCUUUCAUGGAUGGUGUGCUGGAGUUUGGUACAACUGAAUUGGUUUUGGAGGAUCCAGCUUUUGCUAUGCAAACCACAAAUCUCUUUUGGGAGCUACCGGUUCCAGUUUGCUCUGAACAAUCUAUAUCCACUCCUGAAAUGGCUGAAAUGGCCGCUACCGAUCAAGUUAUUCAAAAUCAAAAUCUCGGUGACGAUUUAGACAAUUCUAUGGUUUUGGAGGAUGAAAAUUUGGUCAUAGAAAGCUCAAAUCCACUGGAGAUUCAUCCAGUGCAUUUUCCUUUUGCUCUUCAGUCGUAUGCCACUACAAAGGAUGAGGCUGAGAAACUGCAUUUUGAUAUCUGUGAAGAACUGAAUAUCAGUUCUCCCGGUGAUGGCUCGAAUGAGUGCUUUCGAACUCAACAGCUCGAGGAUCUGCUCGAACUGAAUGGGCUAAAUUGCCUUCAUGGUUCUCUAAACUCAAAUGAGCAAGAAUCAUUGUCCAUUGUUGAUGCUCAACAGCUUCUUUCUUCGACCAAUAAGGUCCAAGUUGGCAACGACAUACACUAUGUGAGGACUCUUACUAGGAUUCUAUGCAACUCUAAACAGGUAAAAUCAAUGCCAUGCUUCUCAAAGGUCUCUCACAAAUCAAGUUUUAUCGUCUGGAGAAGAGGUUUGAGCAGCGCAAAACCAUUCAAUGGCACACCACAAAAGCUGCUGAAGAAGAUUAUAAUUGAUGGAGAAUGGUUACUCAAUGGCAGCAUUCUAAAUUGCCAAGAACAAAAUGGUUUACCGGGGAAUCUAUUGAAGAAAGGACAGCCACGCGCAACCAGUGUUUCGUCGGAGAGAAGGAGAAGGGAGAAGUUGAACGAGAAAUUCGUGCUUUUGCAAUCGUUGGUUCCCUCCAUUAGCAAGGUUGACAAGGCAGCUAUCCUUGGCAACACAAUUGAUUACUUGAAAGAUCUUGAGAAAAGAGUGCAAGAGCUAGAAUCGUGCCGGAGGUCAUCAGAGGAUCUUGACACUGAAGACAGAAGCAAGCAUCCUGAUGAUGUAGCAGAAAGAACAUCUGACAACUAUGGCAACAAAGAGAUAGCCAUUGUUGGCAGGAAGCGGUCGGCGCACAAGCGUAAAUCUGACCUCCUCGAAGCAGAAGGGGAGCACCACUGGGUGCUAUCCAAAGAAGGUCCUAUCGAUGUCAAUGUUACCUUCAACAAAAAGGAGGUUGCAGUGGUGAUGCAUUGCCCCUGGAGGGAAUGCCUGUUGCUUGAGAUCGUCGAAUCUAUAGGCAAUUUCCACUUGGAUCCUGUCUCGAUGCAGUCCUCGAUCGUCGAGGGUGCGCUUGCUUUGACGAUCAAAUGCAAGCUCAGGAGCACCAGUGAGGCCUCACCAGGGAUGAUAAAGAGAGCACUGCAGAGAGUAAUAGGUAAAUGCCUGUAAUGGUGAUGAUGAUUUGAGCACUAGUGAAUGAUCUGUUAGAACUCUGAGUAACAUGUCUAUGAAUUUCGAAUUGCCGCCUAAA